CAGAGUGCGCUUUCACGAUCCAGUUUACCUACGUUUAUCAUCCUUUGCUUCUGUUUUCCUCUUUUUUGUUCUUCUCCCUGUUCUUAUCCUUCUGAAAGCUCCCUCUCUCCGCUGUCGCCUCAUUCACCAGCGGCAGUACAAUCGACCACGAUCCUUCUUCCAUCCUUCUGGACUGGCCGUGACGCACGAUAAUCUCAUCCAAGAUGGUCGGACUUGCUUCGGCCGCGGGUCUCGUUGGCUUCCUGUCUGAGCCGGACGCGGAGUUGAGAGUCUUCGCCUUGAAGACUCUGGAUUCCCAGAUUGACCUGCUCUGGACAGAAGUCGUCGAUGCCGUUCCUCAAAUAGAGGCGCUGUACGAAGAUGAAACGUUCCCGGAGCGUGAGCUUGCCGCUCUCGUUGCGGCAAAGGUUUACUACCACCUUCAGGAAUACAAUGAGAGUAUGGUCUUUGCUCUUGGUGCAGGAAAGCUGUUCAAGCUGGACAAGGGUGGUGAGUUUGAAGAGACAAUAAUCGCAAAAUGCGUCGACACCUUCAUCUCCCUUGCUGCUGCUCAACGGCCCGCCGCCGGUGACCAGCCCGCCAACUUGAACUCCGCAUUCCCAACAUCUGGCGAGGGAGCCAGCAGUACCGCCGCGAGCCUAACCUCUCCGAUAACCCCCUUCUCUCAGUCGGCCUUGCCAUCAAAAUCCUUGCUCUCCCGGCAGGAGGUCCCCGGUGUCGAUGAUGCUCACCCUGGUGGGGAGGAUGCUAGCGUCAAGAAAAUCGAAACUCCGCUAGUUUUGAGACGAGGUGUCCAGGGCCAGCUGCAAGAGGUCAUCGAACGUCUAUUUGAGGACUGCUACCGACAAAAGCGCUAUCGCCAAGUGAUUGGAAUUGCGGUUGAAGCAAAGAGCUUGGAUGUCCUUCGGAAGACUAUUGUCAGGGCCAGUGACGAUGAGAAGAAGUUGAAUGGCGAAUCCCGGCGAAGCGAGGAGUUGUUGGAAUACGUCCUGGAUAUCUGCAUGGGAAUUGUCCAGGAGCGCGGGUUCCGUAACGAGAUUCUGAAACUUAUCCUCGACCUUCUGAACGAAAUUCCCGCCCCCGAUUACUUCUCUAUCGCGAAAUGUGUCGUCUACCUUAAUGAGCACUCGAUGGCCUCCGAUAUUCUCCGUCAGUUGGUCGAAAAGGGUGAUGCGCGCUCCCUUGCCGUGGCAUACCAGAUUUCGUUCGAUCUGUACGACAAUAGCACACAGGAAUUCCUUAAGAAGGUUCGCCAGGAAAUCGCCGAACUCGUCCCAGAAGCGGAAGAGCAGAAGACCGAGGGUGAACAGGCCGAGCCGACCGAGAAUGACGCAUUGCUCUCCGACCAGGGUUCAUCGGAACAGAGGACAUUGGGAGGAAACAGCGACAAGCUCACAGAGGAGGCUCGCGCAGCAUUCAAGAAUAUCCUCGCCAUUCUUGACGGCAUCAAGUCUAUUCAAUUGAACCUGGAGUUCCUGUAUAGGAGCAACAAGGCCGAUAUCGCGAUCCUCAACAAGGUUCGGGAUAGCUUGGAGGCCCGCAACUCCAUCUUCCACACCGCUGUGACUCUUUCGAAUGCGUUCAUGCAUGCCGGUACUACUCACGACAAGUUCUUCCGGGACAACCUUGAGUGGCUUGGAAAAGCUGUCAACUGGUCCAAGUUUACCGCAACCGCUGCGCUAGGUGUCAUCCACCGUGGCAAUUUGAGCCAGGGCCAAAAGCUAUUGCAGCCUUAUCUCCCAAGGGAACAUAUUGCCGGUGUUGGGGGCUCGGGCUCGGUGUAUAGUCAGGGAGGAUCGCUGUAUGCAUUUGGGUUGAUCUACGCUAACCACGGUGGGAUGGCGGUCGACCUCAUCCGUGAUCACUUCAAGAAAGCUACGGAGGAAGUUGUCCAGCACGGUGGUGCUCUGGGUCUUGGUGUUGCAGGAAUGGCUACUGGCGAUGAGGGUAUCUACGAAGACCUUCGGAACGUCCUGUACACCGACUCCGCCCUGAACGGUGAAGCCGUCGGAGUGGCCAUGGGUCUUGUCAUGUUGGGAACUGGCAACAUGCGGGCUCUCGAGGACAUGAUCCAAUAUGCCCAUGAAACACAGCACGAGAAGAUCGUCCGCGGGUGUGCUAUGGGUAUGGCGUUGGUCAUGUACGGUCGCCAGGAAGCGGCAGAUGAACUGAUCAACGGACUUUUGGCCGAUCCCGACCCGACUCUCCGCUACGGUGGUAUCAUGACCAUCGCUUUGGCCUACUGUGGAAGUGGCAGCAACAAGGCUGUCCGCAGGCUUCUUCAUGUCGCCGUCAGCGAUGUCAACGACGAUGUCCGACGUGUCGCAGUGCUGAGCUUAGGCUUCAUUCUAUUCAGGAAGCACCAGGGCGUGCCGCGGAUGGUUGAGCUGCUCUCCGAGUCGUACAACCCUCAUGUUCGUUAUGGUGCGGCUAUGGCGCUCGGUAUCUCGUGCGCUGGUACAGGAUUAGACGAUGCUAUUGAUCUUCUCGAGCCAAUGUUGAAGGACUCCACAGAUUUCGUCAGACAGGGUGCUUUGAUCUCCCUGGCUAUGGUCUUGGUGCAACAGAACGAGGCUAUGAACCCGCGUGUAAGCAGCCUCCGCAAGACUAUGAUGAAGAUGCUUGGGGACCGGCACGAGGACGCGAUGGCCAAGUUUGGUUGUGCCGUUGCUCUGGGUAUCAUUGAUGCUGGUGGUCGGAAUUGCACCAUCAGCCUGCAGACCCAGACGGGCAACCUCAACAUGCCCGGAAUUGUUGGUGCCGCGGUAUUCGUUCAAUACUGGUACUGGUUCCCUCUUGCACACUUCUUGUCGCUCAGUUUGGCACCUACAUCAGUGAUUGGUGUGGACCAGAAGCUUGAAGUGCCCAUCUUCAAGUUUCACAGCAACACGAGGCCAAGUCUGUUCGACUACCCACCUGAGCAGCAAGUGAAGGCAGAAGAGGCACCAGAGAAGGUCAAGACUGCGGUCCUGUCGACCACGGCUCAGGCCAAGCGCCGUGAGAAGCGUCGUGAGAAGCAACAGCGCCGGGAGAGCAUGGACGUCGACCAAACACCUACGACACCCAAGCCAUCGGAACAAUUGCCGGAGAAGAUGGAAACCGACGAAUCCAAGGGUGAGGAGGAACCUAAGGAGGGCGAGAAGGGUGCUGGGGAGGGCCAGAAGAAGAAGGUCGAGCGGGAGAGGGUGGGCUAUGAACUCGACAACAUGUCGAGAGUCCUUCCUGCUCAACUCAAGUAUCUCACCUUCCCUGACCCGAGAUACGAGCCCGUUAAGCGCCCUACUGGUGGAGUGGUCGUGGUUCUUGACAAGCAGCCCGAGGAGCCCCGCGAGACCAUCGAGAUGAAGGCCAGCAAGGAAGCCAAACAACCCGCUCCUCAAGCGGACUCCCUUUCGGACCGCCUGCAAGCCGCGAUUGACGCUGCUGCUAUGCAGACCCCUCAACGCCCAGCACGCGGUAUGGAAGCUGCAGCCGGAGCCGCCGCCGCAGCGGGUGUGUUGACCGCUGUGGAUGAAGAUGAAGAGGGAGAUGAGGAUGCACCGGUCCCGAACGAGUUCCAAUACGACACCGAGGGCGAGGAAGAGGAAGAGUAAUGGUGAUAUGGGUUGGCA